AUAAGUUGUCUGGUGAACAGCGGAGCCGCGAGUUGCGUGGCGGCAGACGGCGACUAAACACGUAGUCGGGCAUUCGGCAGCGUCCACCUUCGGCUAGCGAGGAACGUGCCAGAAUUUGACGGCCAAUUGGAGCAAUCAUCUCGUUGAGAGUAAACAAACCGGCGAAGAUGGUUCGGUGGACCUUGUUGGUGGCAGCGCUGUGCGCGGCGCGCGCCGCGGCCCUGCCCGCCAGCACGCACGACCCUUUGGUCGUAACCCGAGAUGGAGAUGAGAGCACAAGCCCGACGCCGGCGCCGACAUCGACGCCGACGAUGAGCGGGCCGCCGCCGCCGCUGAAGGUGACGGAGAUGGACGUGCGCUCCGAGGUGUCGAUGCGCUACGCGCGCACGGCCGUGGUCACGCGCGUGCGCAACCCCGCGGACCGCGGCCAGGAGGCUGUCUUCAGGGUGCUCAUACCGGAGACCGCCUUCAUUAGCGGAUUCCAAAUGACCUUGGGCGGAAAAACGUACAAGGCUUAUGUAAAAGAAAAAGAAGAAGCUAAAAGGAUAUAUGAUCAGGCAGUCUCUCAGGGAAUAAGUGCUGGUCAUGUUGCUGUCAAAGCACGAGACUCCAACGAGUUUAUGGUGAAUGUAAACGUGGAACCAAACAGCGUGGGCAUCUUCAACUUGACGUACGAGGAGCUGCUGGGGCGGCGGAACGGCGUGUACAACCACGACAUCAACAUGCUGCCUGGCGCGCCCGUGCCCAAGCUCACGGUGACCGUGCACGUGCGCGAGGCGCAGCCCAUCACCGCGCUGCGCGUGCCCGAGGUGCGCACCGGCAACGAGAUCGACCCCACCGAGACCGACCCUAGUAACGCGAUAGCUGUUAUCGAGAGGUCAGAGGACAAGCGCGAGGCCACGAUCACGUUCAAGCCGGACCUUGAGGAGCAAAAGAGACUCAUGCAAGUCUAUGAGGAGAAAAGCAAGGAAUCCCAACAAUCUUCAAGACCUUGGUAUCAUACUGAAAAGGCCCAACCGAAAGGGGUGCUCGGGCAAUUCGUAGUGCAGUACGAUGUGGAGCGUCCAAAGAAUGGUGAAAUUCUUGUGAAUGAUGGUUAUUUCGUGCAUUUCUUCGCACCGGAGUCGCUGCCUCCGCUGACCAAGCUGGUGGUGUUCGUGCUGGACACGUCGGGCUCCAUGUCCGACCGCAAGAUCGUGCAGCUGCGAGAGGCCAUGCAGGCCAUCCUCUCCGAGCUGCACACAGGCGACUACUUCAGCAUUGUGGAGUUCAGCUCCAGCGUCAAGGUGCACGACCUGAAAGAAGCCGACGAGCCGGCCGCGUCGCCGCCGAACGACUACUACUACAGCAGCUGGAACAACGAGAACAGCCGCAAGGUGACCCUGCUGCCGCCCUCCAGCGCCACCAAGGAGAACAUCGACAAGGCCAAAGUCAUCGUCAGCAGGCUGGUCGCGGUCGGAGGCACAAACAUAGCCAGCGCCCUCGAUGUUGCGAUAGACAUCGUCCGCAAAGGUGUGAGCAAGCCUGGCUUCACGGGCAAGACGGGACCCACGGGGGAGACCGGCGCGACCGGAGAGACGGGGGCCACGGGCGACACGGCCGCUGAGGACGCGCACACUGACGCUCCCGCCACGGAAACAACAGUUGUGGCGGCCACCACGGAGCCAAACCAGGAAGACGAUGAAGAAAAACAGGAGCUGGAGUCAAUCAUUGUGUUCUUGACGGACGGCGAACCGACGGUGGGCGAGACUGACCCCAAGCGCAUCAUCAACCGCGUCUCCGAGAAGAACUCGGGACCGCGCAAGGCCUCCAUCUUCUGCCUCGCUUUCGGCGAGGACGCAGACCGCUCAUUCCUGCGCAAGCUGUCGCUGCGAAACGACGGCUUCAUGCGGCACAUCUACGAGGCGGCGGACGCGGCGCUGCAGCUGCGCGACUUCUACAAGCAGAUCUCCUCGCCGCUGCUGGACGACGUCACCUUCAUCUACCCGCCCAACCAGAUCGCAGAGGGUUCGCUGACGAAGCACAAGUUCCGCACGUACUACGCGGGCUCGGAGGUGGUGGUGGCGGGGCGCGUGGCGGCCGCCGCCACCGAGCUGGCGCCGCGCGUCGAGGGCUUCUGCGGCGUCGAGGACGGCGUGGGCAAGAGACGCUACACAGUGUUCCCUCGCGUGCCGGUGGCGCGCGCCCGCGACCUUUACCUGCCGCUGGAGCGGCUGUGGGUGAGCCUCACCAUCCGCCAGCUGCUGGACCGCAAGGACGCCGCCGACGGCCCGCCCGCCGGAGACGACCCCGAGGCCAAGGCCAAGGAGCUGGCGCUCAAGUACGAGCUGGUGACCCCGCUGACCUCUCUCGUCGUAGUGAAGCCGAACGCCACCAACGCCGUCGACACUCAGUCAGUGGAUGAACCCAAUCGGCCGAACUACGGUGGGCCCGUGGCCGCGCACAGCUUCGCGAGCUACCCCUCCUCAAUGCUGGUGGGCCAUGCGGGGUCAUCUCUCCAGAGCCAGGCUUUCUCUGGCGCACCUCUGCCUGUCGCGCACGACAUGGCCUUCGAAUCCGUCGACUAUUACGUUGAAGCCGAGGACGACGCUGACGGCGAUGAACAUCGAGGAACGUCACCAAUGAUGGCAUAUAGGGGCUAUAGUUUUUCCCGCCGUCAGUACCAUUCAGGUUAUUCGUCAUCAGGACCAGCUGGAGUAGCUUUGAGCGCGCCAGGAGCCGCGUACUACCCCGCCGCUCAGUCUAUUUGGGUCUCGGCGCCCCCCAGGCCCGGUGCGCCCGCGGGCCCCGCGCCGCCGUCGACCACCAGGGUGCCCGCCGCGGACCACAGCAAGGCGGCUGCCAGCGCCCUACAACCCUACCACUUGGAGCAGUUCGGCUGGACGCAGCCCUUGCUCGAUGCCAACUCGGACGCACUCGUUUUACAAGUGAACGGGACCACAGUUAACCUUAAACUUACUAAGGAUAAUAAUGCGCCCGCGGAGGCGAGCGACGCGGUGUGCGCGCGCGCCACGGACGGCGGCGCCGGCGUCUGCGUCUACCUGACGCGCUGCGAGUCGGCGCGCAACAUCACGCAGCAGACCUACCAGGACAUCCACUGCGCGGUGCAUGCUUCCAACCAAGGGUACGCAGGCGUGUGCUGCCCGAGCGCGGGCGUGGUCGCCCGGAGCCCGGCGCCUUGAUCACCCGGCUGCCAACAUUCUGAACAAUCUUGUUCGAAACACUUACAUAUUAUACUCUAAUCAUAAUCGAAAUGUUGUGAAAAUGUGAUUUUAAUGUUUAAGUUCAGGCACUCCUAUAAUAGUUAGAACUUAUAAGAGUUAUAAGAAUGCUGUUGACGAAGUAGAUACGAUUGUAAAGUAUAGUCGUGUCAUCCACGAUGACGCACAGAUUUUUCAAAUCUAACCUUUAAUAACAUGACAAUAUGUCGUCGUGAAUGACACGAUCUACAUUAAAAAUAGUAGCAGUUCCAAAAAAAUUUUAUUAAGUAAUUCACCCAUUUUUUUUUAUUUCAACAAAACCACUUUUUUACUUCUUCGUCGAUAAAUUGUAAUCAUGCGAUUUUUGUUAGCGCAGUGCGAUUAUAAAAUUUAAAAGGUGACAUAUCGCAUUCA